AAAUAUUUUGUAAAUAAUAAAUAACAUAGAUAAUAAAUAUAAAAAAACUAUAGUUUUUUUUUUUUUAUAGUUUUUCUUAUUUUAUAUUUUAUAUUUUAUGUAUAAAUAAUAGUUAAUUAUAAUUUGGCAACGAAAUAACUUGCAUAUAUAUUUAUUUUCCUACCACUUAGUGAACCAGCAACAUUAAUCAAACAACAGAAAAAUUAUAUAUUAAAAUUUUUUUUUAUAAUAGAUUAACUAAUUUAAAAUUCCUUUUUCCUUUCUUUUUUAUUUUAUUUUUCGAUUAUAAAUUAAUAAUAAUUAACCCAAUCAUUUUAAUAAAUUAAAUUGGAUUGGUAUUAUUUAUUUAUAAAACAAUAUUAAUAGAAAAAAUAACAUCCAAUAAUAAUAAUAAUAUUACUUUAGAUAGUAAAUUAACGAGUUUAGAAGAGAAAGAUAAAAUAAACAAUCUUGAUUCUACCAAAACUUCAACAACAACAAUUACUACAACAACAACAACAACAAAUAGUAAUCAAGACAACAAUAAUAAAAAUAAAUUAUCAUCAACAGAAUUAAGUGAAUCAGAAGAACCAAACAAAAAAAAAGUUAAAGUUUCAGUUAAUAAUAAUAAUAAUAUUAAAAACUCGGCAACAAUGACAGAUGAUGAAAUGUAUGAAGAUUAUGAUGUAGAUGAUGAUUCAGCUGAAGAAUCAGGAAAUGAAUCUUUAGAUGACGAAAAUGAAUACGAUGAAGGUACUCAAGAGUUUGACUUUGAUGAUGGUCAGCAAUCUCAAAGGACACAUAGUAAAUUAACCAGACAAAGAAGUUUUGAAGUUCUCAACAAAAAUGAUUUAUUUUCAGAAUCACACAAAAUUAUUAAAGAAGUCAAAGAUGUUUUAAGUAUACCAUCAGAUGCAGCAGUUUCAGCAUUAUUAAGAUUUAUGAAGUGGAAUAAAGAAAAGUUAAUUGAAAGAUAUAUGGAAAAUCCAGAAAAAUUAUGUUCAGAUGCAGGUGUACCAAAUGUAAUGAAGCUUGACGCACCACCAGCAAAAACAACAGUAUCAUGUUUAAUUUGUUUAGAUGACUAUGCACCAGAUAAAGUAUUUGCACUUUCAUGUAAUCAUAAAUAUUGUUUAGGAUGCUGGAAAAAUUAUUUAGAGAUUAAUGUCGGUGAAGGACCUGAGUGUAUUUAUACAACAUGCCCCGCACCAAAAUGUAAAGUCGUUGUGCAUCAAGAUGCAUUCAAAGCUAUAAUAUCACCAGAAAUUUAUGAACGUUAUAACAGCUUUAUAUUAAAAUCGUAUGUCGAUGAUAACCCACAAGUGAAAUGGUGCCCAGCUCCAGGAUGUAUAUAUUCAAUUAGAUGUGAUCGUAAAGAGCGUAAAGAAGCAGUACUAUGUAAAUGUGGUUUUCAAUAUUGUUUCAAUUGUAAUGAUUAUGAUAUUGGAGAUCAUAUGCCAUGUCCAUGCAGUCAAGUUGAUAAAUGGCUUCAAAAAGCUUCCGAUGAAAGUGAAAAUGUAACUUGGAUGUUGGCAAAUACAAAGAAAUGCCCAGAAUGUCGUUCUCCUAUAGAAAAAAAUGGUGGUUGUAUGCAUAUGACAUGUAGAAAAAAUGCUGGUGGUUGUGGUUAUGAGUUUUGUUGGUUAUGCCGUGGACCAUGGUCGGAACAUGGCUCAACUACUGGUGGUUAUUACAAUUGUAACAAAUAUGAUAAAUCUAAAGCUAAAGAAGACGAUGAUAAAGCUCAAGACGCCAAAACUGAACUCGAAGCAUACAUGUUUUAUUAUCACAGAUAUGAAUCCCAUAGAAAUGCAAUGAAAAUUGCUGAUGAACAAAGAAAGAAUGCCCAUCUCAAAGAACAACAAAUCCUCAGUAAAUUUGAUGUUAGAUCCGCCGAUACCAAAUUCCUUAUGGAGGCAACAGAACAAUUACUCCGUAAUCGUCGUGUUUUGCAAUACUCUUACGUUUAUGGCUAUUAUUUAGAUAAAAAAUCUCAAGAGCGUAAUCUUUUUGAAUAUCUCCAAGAGGAUCUCGAAAAACAUACAAAUUUCUUGUCAACUCUUUAUGAAACUAGUCUUGAAAAAUUAGAAGAUUACCAAGGUUUUAUCAAGUGGAAGGAACAAGUUACCAAUUAUACUAGAAUCACUAAAAAGUUUUUAGAUAAUUUUGUAGAAGGUGUUGCAGGUGGUUUGGUUUCAACAGCACAACAUUAAAAGAAUUUAUAAAUAAAAUUAUAAUACAUAUAUAUAUUUUAAACAAGUAAAAAUAAUAUACUCAUCAUCACAACAAUAAUCAUUUUUUUUUUAUAUCAUCAAUAGUUAUUAUUUUAUAGAAGAAAAAAGAAAUCUUAACAAAAAAAAAAAAAAAAAAAAGUAAUAUAUAAUUCUAUUAAUUUUUUUUUUUGAAAUAAAAACUAUAAUUUAAUUUGUACAAAUAAAAAUAGUAAUCUUUUCUUUAGUCCUAAAUAAAUAGAUAUUACGACACC